UGCUGCGUCUGCUGUGCAUGUGUGCUAUAUUCAUAUUAUUAGAGCAGCUGUUUCGAUCUCAUUCUUGGACUGAAGCACAAAUAAGCAAGCAAACAGAGUAGCCUUAUUAACCCAAAGGCAAAAAAAUAUGUAUAUAUAUGGAAAAUCCAUUCUACACGCACUUGUAGCUACUCCCACAUAUGUAUCUCAUAACGUAGCACGUAUCUGACCCAACAAAGAGCAUGCACGUGAAGUAUGUGAUCAUACUAGAACAUCAAUGAUAGUAUAUACAUUGAGUAUGUGACCGUAGAUAUACUAAUAUAUAUAUAUCGUAUAUAUAUAUAUAUUAAUUAAUUAGUAUAUUGGAGCACAGCCGUUACACGAUAGAUAUAUCGAAGCACAGCACCAUAAGUAUGUACUAGUAUGUAUCUUGUCCAAAAAAACUCUUCUUGCACACGCACGCCACGCAUCCACCAUCACAUUUCCUCCCUCCCUUCCUUCCCAAAUAAUCUCGAUCAGGCCACCAUCAGCGAUCGAUCGAGUUUGGCUUGCCAUGCCCAUGACGCCGCCGCCGCCGCCCCCGCAGCGGCACCCCAAACUCCUCGCUGCGGUGGCCGCCGAGGUGCGCGCGCAGCGCGGCAUCGCCCUCCCCCUCAUCGCCAUGAACCUCACCUGGUUCGCCAAGCUCGCCGUCACCACCGCCUUCCUGGGCCGCCUCGGCGACCUGGAGCUGGCCGCCGGCACGCUCGGCUACAGCUUCGCCAAUGUCACCGGCUUCGCCGUCCUCACCGGCCUCUGCGGCGCCAUGGAGCCCAUCUGCGGCCAGGCGCACGGCGCCAGGAACGUCGCCCUCCUCCGCCGGACGCUCGUCAUGGCCACCCUCAUGCUCCUCGCCGCCUCCGUCCCCAUCGCGCUCCUCUGGCUGCGCGUCGACGCCGUCCUCCUGCGCUUCGGCCAGCAGCCCGACAUCGCCACCACCGCCAGGACCUACGUGCUCUGCCUCCUCCCGGACCUCGCCGUCACCUCCUUGCUCAGCCCGCUCAAGGCCUACCUCAGCUCGCAGGAGGUGACGCUCCCCACGCUGUUCGCCGCCGCCCUGGGCCUCGCCCUCCACAUCCCGCUCACCAUCUGCCUCUCCGCGAGGAUGGGCAUCCGGGGCGUGGCCGCCGCCGUCUGGCUCAGCGACCUCGCCGUGGCGGCCAUGCUCGCCGCCUACGUGGCCGCGUGGUACGAGCUCCGCCGGGGCCGGGACACCACCAGCAGCUGCGGCGGUCACGGGUCCAGCUGGUUGGCGCUGCUCCGGCUGGCGCUGCCCUGCUGCCUCAACACGUGCCUCGAGUGGUGGUCCUACGAGAUCCUGGUGCUCCUGACGGGCCGCCUCCCCGACGCGCGCCGCAUGGUGGGCGUCGUCGCCGUCACGCUCAACUUGGACUACCUCCUCUUCGCGGGCAUGCUGUCCCUGUCCGUGAGCGCCUCCGUGCGCGUGUCCAACGAGCUGGGCGCCGGGGACGCGCCCCUGGCGCGGCGCGCCGCCAGGGUGUCGAUGGCGGGCGGCGCGCUGGCGGGCGUGGCGGGCGGGCUGGUGAUGCUGGCGGCGCGGCGGGCGUGGGCGCGCAUGUACACGCGCAGCCCGGAGGUCCGCGACGGCGUGGCGAGGGCCAUGAAGGUGAUGGCGGCGCUGGAGGUGGUGAACUUCCCGCUGAACGUGUGCGGCGGCAUCGUGCGGGGCACGGCGCGGCCGCUGCUGGGCAUGUACGCGGUGGUCGGCGGCUUCUACGUGGUGGCGCUGCCGGUGGGCGUGGCGCUGGGGUUCAAGGCCCGGCUGGGGCUGGAGGGCCUCCUGGCGGGAUUCCUGGUGGGCGCGGCGGCGAGCCUGGCGGUGCUGGUGACGGUGAUCGUGUGCAUGGACUGGGCGGCGGAGGCGGACAAGGCGCGGAGGCGGGCAGGCGGCGACAGCGCCGAGGAGGACAGCAACAAGGAGGCUGCGGCGGCGGCGCUAUCGUCAGACUGCAACUGCAAUGCAGUUUGCUAGUUUAUUUAGUUCUCGGUUAGUUAGUUAGUUAGUUAGUUAGGCCAAGCCAUGAUGCUGUGUCGGUCUGCAGUUGGCACAAUGGCACUGGACUGCACAUUCUCUUGAGUUGAGUUGAGUUCAGCUCUUCUCUCUGAUCCUCAUCCAUCCAUCAUAGUAUUAGCAGCCCCUGUAGUAGCUUAGCGAUAGUAAAUUGAUUAAUUAAUAAUGCUGCUAAUGGUAAAUUCAGUA